AUGGAGGCUUUGGACAGAGACAAGAUGGAGGCUUUGGACAGAGACAAGAUGGAGGCUUUGGACAGAGACAAGAUGGAGGCUUUGGACAGAGACAAGAUGGAGGCUUUGGACAGAGACAAGAUGGAGGCUUUGGACAGAGACAAGAUGGAGGCUUUGGACAGAGACAAGAUGGAGCCGACCCAGACCAAACACUGCAGAGGUUUUAGUCGAGCCGUGGCUGCAGCUGUGGUUGCAGCUGUGGUUGCAGCUGUGGUUGCAGCUGUGGUUGCAGCUGUGGUCGCAGCUGUGGUUGCAGCUGAGGUGACGCAGAGGAAGAGGAAACAGAAGUGUGGGUCUGAAGGCCAUGAACCGUCUGGUUUCAGCAGUCGCAGCUGUGGUCGCAGCUGUGGUCGCAGCUGUGGUUGCAGCUGUGGUCGCUGUGGUCGCAGCUGUGGUCGCAGCUGUGGUCGCAGCUGUGGUCGCAGCUGUGUUGAAGAGAAGCAGCUCGAGUUAUCAUUAUGA